AUGGCUUUUCUGACCAUGGUGUUGAUACAGGUCAGAUUUAGAGCCUCCAUACAAAGGGCUAUCAUUUUCUUGUCCACCCUGCCCAUCAUCCCAGACAGCUGUGGUGGCUUCUGUAUCGUGCUCUUACAUAACGGAAUUCAUGCUGCUCUUCGUCCUCGUCGAAAAAGCUUUAUCGCAAUAGGCAGAGGGACCGUGUUGGCAUCUGUGCUACAGCUGGAGGUCAUGUUUAUGUCUGUGGUCCCUGCUAUCUCCAGAAACCAUGUGAAAGUCCAUUAUCCAGGCUGCUCCCGGCUGUUAUGGACAAGGAAGCUCUUUUGCAAUGCUGUGAUUGCUUUGAAUAACUCGGUGAUUAACUCUACACCUUAUUUUUCUCAUCUUACAGUCAAGAAAAAUGAAAUUGAAUGUCUCGUACGCCUUUACUAUAGCUUGGUGGGGAAAGCCAGUGGAAAGCUCGCUAAUGCCAGGAUGGACUGUAACACAUUUCGAGGGAUUCUGCACAACAUAUUUGGAAUGACUGACGAUGCGUUGAUGAACAGGGUGUUCUUUGUGUUUGACAAAGACAGUGAUAACCAUGUAAACGUCCAAGAGUGGGUUAAUGGCUUGGCAGUGUUUCUCCGAGGGACUUUUGAAGAGAAGAUGAAAUUCUGUUUUGAAGUUUACUAUUUAACUGGAGAUGGUUAUAUUUCCCGGGAAAAAAUUUUUGACAUGCUGAAGAACAGUCUGUCCCAGCAGUCCCCUGAAGAUGAGAAUGAUGAAGGGAUAAAGGAGUUGGUGGACCUGAGCCUGAAGAAAAUGGAUUAUGACAACGAUGGCAAGAUCUCUUUUGCAGACUUUGAAAAAGCAGUGACAAAAGACAGGCUUUUGUUGGAGGCGUUUGGACCAUGUCUACCAGAUGCAAAGAUUUGCCUUCAUUUUGAAGCCCUGAUAUUCAGGAACAACGUGACUACUACCAUUUGAACACAAAUGGCUCAAUACCUGAAUUAAAAGUCAGAUCCUGACUGCAUUUAUUUGCAUUAUAGAUUUUUAUAUUUGUUUCAAACAAUUUCAAUAUUGUAAUAUAAGAAUUAAUACAAGCUGUGUGGUGGUGGCACACACCUUUAAUCCCAGCACUUAGGAGACGGAGGUAGGUAGAUCUUUUUGAGUUUGAGGACAGCCUGGUCUACAGAGUGAGUUCCAGGGCAGCCAGGGCUACACAGAGAAAUCCUGUCUCAAAAAACUAAAAAGAAAUCAAUGUGAAAAGAACAGUUUCUGCCACAUUGAGUGUAGAUCCAAAAAAAGAUUAAAAACAUUUGCAAACAGUUUAAAAGAAAUACAAAAAAAAUAGUUUACUUUAAAAACACCAGUAGUAAGAUACCUUAAAGAAUUAAAAUGGGCUAAACAUAAAAAAAAAAAAAAAA